UGGUUUGCGGAGGUUCCGAGGCGCUCUGAGGUCCGAGAAACCACCGUCCAGUAAGGAAGCGUCAAUAUAAUUCUGACCCCGGCGGCCCAGGCGUGGGUCCUCAGAGGGUGUGCUCUGGAAGGGUCCAGCUGCUGACCGGACUGCUUUUCAUGUGAUCCAGGGCGCGACAGUUCGUGGUGGGGUCCUCGGACCACCGAGCAGUUCCUGGAGAUGGCUGCUUGUUGUGAAGAUCCGCUGAGAUCUGGAGGUGGUGAAAGCGCUGCAAGCACGUGAAGGUAGCUGGCAGUCCUCUAGCAAUGGAUAAAUUCGUCAUUCGAAGGCCUAGAAUCCAAAAUAGUCCUCAGAAGAAAGAUCCUGGUGGAAAGAUUUACAAGCAGGCCACGAUUGAAUCUCUGAAGAGAGUUGUGGUUAUAGAAGACAUAAAAAGAUGGAAAACUAUGUUGGAGUUUCCUGAUCAGACCAGAGAGAAUCUCGUUGAAGCUUUACGAGAAUUGAAGAAGAAAAUACCUUCCAGGGAAGUGUUAAAAUCCACGAGGAUAGGUCACACUGUGAACAAGAUGCGUCAGCACUCAGAUCCAGAAGUGGCUUGUCUUGCCAGAGAAGUUUACACUGAGUGGAGAACUUUCAUUGAAAAACAUUUAGACAGACCUUCUAUUGAAGUGCGAAGUGACCCCAAAACUGAAACAUUCAGGAAAAAUGCCCAGAAGUUACUCUCAGAAGCCUUGGAAUUAGAGCGGGGUUGUACUCUCCAUGGAGUCCAGGACUGUCGGCCUUGUUCACUGCUUUUUCCUCAGCCCACGCACAGUGCCUGGCACAUAAUGGAUCACCUACUGGUUGAAAAUAUUGAGCGGGAAACGUUUCAUCUCUGUUCCCGCCUCAUUAACGGGCCAUACCGGCGGACGGUGAGAGCCCUGGUCUUCACAUUAAAGCAUCGAGCUGAAAUCCGGGCUCAGGUGAAGAACGGCUCGCUGCCAGUCGGCACGUUUGUACAGAACCACAAAAAAUGACGCGAGGAUGGGUCCAGCACUGGGCUGGGCAGAAAGCAAAAUGGGCCCGUCUCUCUGCCAUUCAAAGACUCUUUUGAGUUUGGGUGACGGCUGCCGCUGGUGGUGCCGAGUUUUCCCCUGGCGCCAUUCCCUCAGACAGAGGAUGUGGGGAGCCCUGGGAGCCGGGCCUGCGGGAGAGGCUGCAUCAGCUGUAGUGCGCUCGUGCGCCGCACAGGACGAGGCUGCUGGCACUAGGAAGCGCGGCACGGUUGCCGUCACCCAGCCCGGUGAAAGGGUGACGGAUUUCACUGGGAGUGUGCCAAGGACACCUCUGAACAUCCCCAUGUCAGGCAGAUGAAGUGACUGCUUGAUUUCGCCACCCUGCAGGUAACUGAAACUCAAUUACCACUGCUGCUCGCUCAGUCCCGUCCCCCUGAGUUUAGACAGCUCCGGUGCCUGUCAGAACUCCCCUGUCUGUUCUCUUUGCUCUACCCCAGGGGUGAGCCUGCUGGAGCCAGCCAACUACCCCUUCUUUCCAGAACUCACUUAUCUGAACAUUGCAGCUCUCCCUGGAAGACCUUCUGCAGUGGUCUCCGGAGCCCCCAUGCUGAGGCUUCUAAUGAGGAGCUGGCCUGAAGCCUCCCCACACCUUGAGGUUUAUUUGAAUACGCUGGCUCUUGGUUUAGGGCUCUGUAGAAGAUACAUGAUGAAAUUUCUCUUGAAAUGAAUUACCAUAGUAGAAAAACAAAUAUGUCUAUAUUCUAAAAUGAAAUGCCACUUAUAGGCCUGCUUGAACAAUUACGUAAAUGGUAUUUGCUCUUUAAAAGUAAUAAUAAAC